AUGAUAUAUGGAGAGAAGAGGCGCCCCUGCGCAGCAGCAGCCUGUGUCACUGCAGUGUGGGAAGGCGAGCAACUACGCUGCUUUCAAUGCUCGGAAGGCGGACAGAAGCGAGCACCGAGGCGGCCCCCUGAGGCUGCACUCAGCAUCAGCCGUCGUGGCAGUGGGGGUAGCGCUACCUCCACGAGAGCGCUUGGCAGUCCCAGCAACAACGCAGCACCAGUGUUCGUCGUUUCCACGUCGGCAGAAGGCGAGGCGGCUGCUGCGGCUCUGUGUGGCUGCUCGCCCCUGCUGGCCGCCUCUCCCCUUGCGAGCUUCCUCGCCUGCAGGCAUUUUCAAAGAAAGCACGAAGAGCUGCUACGGGGUCCAGCCGCUGCAGCCGACAGCGCAUGCGUCCCUGUGACUGCCGAUCAUGAGAGCGGCAGCAAGAGCGCGCCUCCUAGGCUGACGGGCGCAACCCCAGAGUUCGCAGAACCACCAACGGCACAAACAGCCGAUGCUGCCGAUCCUCCCCUGCUGAUUGGCUGCGAUACAGAGGGAGUGCUGCUUGGCCGUUUUGGUCGCCUGUGCAUCGUUCAGAUGGGAGGACCUCAUGGGGGACCGCCCCUCGAUCCCCUCUUGCUGAUUGAUGCUCUCAAAGAGAGCUCUCUCUCCCCCUCCGUUAGGCAGAUUCUGGAAGGCGACAGCAUACUCAAAAUUUUUCACGACUGUCGUGAAGAUUCUGCAGCUCUCUUCCAUCAGCACGACAUCCGGCUAGAUUUCGUGUUUGACACGCAAGUAGCGCACCAGCUCAUUUGUGCAAAGAGAGGCGAAGCUCUCUAUCAAGCGUCUUUGAAGGAGCUGGUGGAGGCAUAUCUCGGGAUCACCAUAAAGGGUUUAGAGGCUGGCCGUGAGCUCUUGGAUGCGGAUUUGGCUGCCUUUGCUAAGCGGCCUCUGUCAGCGCCUCUCCUGAGAUAUGCCGCUCUGGGAGUUCGCUACCUCCCCAGGCUCGCCAUGGCCAUGUCUUUGCACAUUCGCCCGGAGGAGGUUAUAGCGGCGAGCCAAGAAUACGUGCUGUACAGACACCUCAACGAAGCAUUCAAGUGCCAUAGAGACAUGGCGAAGAAAGGAACCCUUCUUGAAGGGAUGGUGGUCGUGCGUUCGCCCGAGAAGAUCAUCCUGAAACUCAAUACCAGUGCUGUUGGCAUCGUUUGUUCGCCAGCGGCCCUUGAACGCUUUCAAGAUGUGCAGUUCGGCGAUAUCGUGGCUGUUUCUGUCGCGGGAGAGGGCGCUGGAGGGAAAUAUCUGUACGUCGAGAGACACGACGGCCUUUUCGACUUCACAGAUCCCAAGAGGCCGCGCCGCAAUUAUGCGACGUCGAUGCAACUCACAGAGGACUGUCGCGCUGACCCCUUGCUACUGGCCCAUUUAGAUGACUAG